AUGGACAUGCUACCUCUUGCUCAUCAUCUCUUUGUUCUUGUAUUCUUGAUUUUUCUCUUCAAAACUGUUGAUGCUCAAUUAUCAAAUUUUGAAGACUCAGAUGAGCCUUUGAGAAUCUGCAAGUAUGAAAGAUUUUCUGAGGUAAAAAGGGAAUGCAGCUCCUUUUUGUCUUCAGCCUCUGAAUUGAAACUUGAGAAGGAGAAAGCCUAUGAAAUUGCAACUGAGCUCUCCUUUGUAAAUGGAGACUGGGUGCAAGAGGCUGGUGGAGCACCAUUGAUGCCAUUUGAUGAUAGUGACAUGCCUAGGAACUUUUCAAGUCCUGGAUCACUCCUAAAAUUGGCUUCUUUCUGGAUGAUGGGCAUUGAUUUUUCUCGUCAACUUGAAAAUGCAAUCAAUAUCUGUGGAUAUUUGUCUAUAGCCAUAACAAGGAAUAGCACAUUGUCCAACAGGCCAGAGAGUUGGACCCCAUUGUUCUUUAAAAGGCCAGGAGUAUCUGAAUUGAGAAUCCCAUUUGAAGGGCUUUAUAUGGAAUCUGAAGAAAAUGAAGGGGAACGUUUGAUGUGCUUGUUAGGGACUUCAAUUCCUCCUUUCUCAGAGGGCUCUUCUGAUCCUUUAAAAUCGUCAAUGCCCUACAGGUCUAGGUGCAAUGACCAGUUUUCCCUCUUAAUGGAUGAUCGAAUUAUGCUGGUUCUUCGGUUCCCUAAAAGAUAUACUUUGACUAACAGAGCAAUCUAUGGAGAAAUGAGAAGUCUAAACGAAAACUCGAACCCAAAUUAUUUUGAUAGAGUUCAUAUGUCAUCCCAGUUGGGUUUCAACUCAAAAUAUCUAUUUGGGUCAGAAAUGGUUGUGUCCAAAGCCCGUGAUCUGUACCCGGACCAACACGAACUGAUAGAUAAUGGAGUCAAGUUUGAAGCGUUGCAGUUUUGUAAACUUUUCCGCAUGUUUGAUGGAGAAACAUUUGACAUUGUUGAAAACUCAAGGUGCGAUGGUAAAGGGGAGAAUUGCAAUAAUUUAGACCCCUUUGUGCUAGAAAGUGAGGUUAAGGCCAUCAAUGGGAUUCCACCCAAGUUUAGGCUCAUGAUGAACAACUUGCAUUGUGUGUCAGGAGACAAUUUCAACGAGCCCAAAACUGCAAAAGCUUCUGCAGUCUUUAGAGCAUUUUCUUCUGAAAAUCGGUUCACAGCAGGAGGGAGAACUGGUCUUUCUGGAAUGACUAUUUCUGCUGAAGGAACAUGGAAUUCUUCAAGUGGACAAUUCUGCAUGAUUGGAUGUGUUGGAUUCACCGAGACUGGGUCACAUGGAUGCAAUUCUCAAAUCUGUUUGUACUUUCCUGCCACAUUUUCCAUCACCCAACGGAGUAUUAUCUUUGGGACAAUCUCAAGCCUGCAAAAGGGAGAUUCUCACAAUCCCUUAUGGUUUAGAAAGGUGCUGCGUCGUCUGGAUCUUUGGAACAGUUACAACGAUUACAGCAACUCUUAUUUGUCAUACAAGUAUUCAAAGAUUGAUCCAGCCAGCAUCCUCUUGAAGAGGAAUGAGAAGUUCAAUUUGGGAACCAUAAUGAAGAAGUCAUUUAUGAAGUAUCCAUCUGUGGAAGAUAUAAACAACAUAACCAGUGUUUCCCUCCUAUCAGAUAAGCUGGGUUUUGGUGCCUAUGCUCUUCCAGAUCCUUUACCCAGCAACCAUCCUCCAAAGACCUAUGUUGGGUUGGAGGUACUCUCUCUAGGUUCAUUGUUUGGUCGUUAUUGGCCAGAUUGGAGCGACUCCUAUCAGACAGCAGAGGCCAAAUUACUUAACAAUUCUCAUACCACCAAACAAAAUCAAAAUCGACUCUUGAAUGUUUCAGCUUCUCUCACCCUUACUGGAGAAUCCUAUGGUCAUAUCUCAAUGCUAUUCUUGGAGGGUCUUUACAACCCACUUGAUGGGAAGAUUUUCUUCAUCGGUUGCAGGGACGUCCCAGUGUUUCAGGAGUCCAUCAUCAACAAUCCAAGCCUGGAUAGCAGGAUGGACUGCUUAAUAGAAGUGACAGUAGAGUACUCAUCCAAGACCACCCGUUGGUUGAUAAACCCAACUGCUAAGAGACAACUCGAAAGAGAUCAUAAUUCGCAGAAACUUUGA